AAGAAUUUGCGGUCCCAAUAUGGCGGCAGAUGUUAUGGUUUUUGGACGUGAUUAGCACAAAUGCGGACAACUGGGUCGCUCGAUUGUUAAUUAACACGUGAGCAAUGGAGAACGACGAUAUCAAGGAGGGUUUCAUUUGCCCAAUAUGUAUGAAGGAUUUGGGAAAUGCUUCGGUUUUGCAAAGACAUUUCGAGGAGAGUCAUUCCGAUGACAAGGACACACUUCGCCGAAUGCGAGAGGCGUUUGGCAAAGCGAAGAGAAAAAUUAUAAACAAAAUAGAGAGUUCUGAACCAGACGGGGUAACUGUAGAUUCUGUAGAUGGUGUUGUUGAAAAUCCUGUAAACAGAGGAGUCGAUCCGUUUCUUUGGGACCAGCAAGAUUUCGGUGAGAAUAAUUCUUAUACAAUAUCAGCUGAAUACGUUUUAACUUUCACUGUUUGUUGUCUACACGAUCAAGCAAGCUUUGUCAUUCGUUGAGCAUUUCCCUUAAAGUUUUUCCUGCCUGCGGGUAGUUCGUGGACGUCUUAUGUCAACACGAUGUUUCAUCCAUGAUUCUUCAAUCGAAUAUUUACCCUUGUUGCUCGGUUAUUUCAAGAGAUGUCGGUUUCGAUAUUUUUGGCAGAAUACCCCAAUUUCGACAGCACAAUUUAUCUGCUUCAAUUGGAUGGUUUCUUAAGACUUGCGCAUUUCAUGCUCUUCUUCUGGGCAUUACAUUUUUUCCAUCAAACCACAUGGAUGCGACUGAGAAUCAUUCACACGCUUGUAGAAUGCAGCAAUUUUUACACUUUUACACCCUGAUUAUUUUUCAAUUAAUUACUAUUUGGUUUUUUUUUUAACAUUUAAUCGUUGUUAUGGUCAUUUUUACCAUCAUUAUUUCUUUGGAGUUGUUUGAAAUUAGGCAAUUUCUGUUACGUUUCAUGAUUUGCCUUUCUCUACACACUCUUGUGGAGUACGGCUUGCUGAGACUGUAAACUGUCUUUGUUGUCGGUUCCUAAUUUUUUUUUUGCGGGAAUUUCAUACAAUAAUGUAGAUCUUCAUUUUGUUUUGCUCUUCAACUUGUGGCCUUUGUGCCUUGUGCUAGAGCCUUUGGCUUUUGACCCCUAAGAGUGACAAGUAUCUAAUUUCUUCUCACCAUAUCACAUCCAAGUUGAAGUCAUUAAGGUAACUAGAGUAAAGGGGGUAAGUUUCUAAAGAAACUGCAUCGGUGGUAAGUUUCUAAAGAAACUGCAUCGGUGGGAAAGUAUAGCAGGUAAUUUAGUGUGAACAUGUGAGUUGAAAACGUAAAUUGGCCACUGUAAAGAGUAAACAAGCUGACGUUUUGAGCAUUAGCCCUUUGCUGAUCACUCUGACAAAGGGCUAACUCUCGAAACAUCAACUUGUUUACUCUUUACAGUGGCCAAUUUACAUUUUCAACCCUAUUGUUAACACUAAAUUACCUGCUAACUAGAGUAACAGUUAUGGUCACCAACUAAAGAAGUUCCUGACUAUUAAAUUGAUUCUUGUCAGCACCUUAGGUGAUGUAUAAAGAGCAGUAUGGAGAAUAUGCAUACUGAUGUUAGGGUGUGAACAGUUAAAUUGAAGAGGAAAAACUCAUCAUCAAUUCUGUUAUCAGUAAUAACAGACUUCUUUUUGCCUCUCAAACACAGGAGCCUCAAGAAGCAGAUUUAGAGAAUUUAGGGAAAGACGAGAUGCAGAGAUUGACAGAUUCGUUGUUGAAACUAAUAAAAUACUUAUCAGACUGGAGAAGGUAUGUGUAUUUACUUGGCAAUGGUCAAUUUGGUAAUUAUGUACAUAGUCUUUUUGGAAUAAAGUCAUCACUGUGGAUGUUAACUCUUCAACUCCUGGAUCUAAUUCGUAAUUCUCCUUACUAUCUGCCACACAAUUCUUGUGAUAUAACUAUGUAGAAUUUUUUAUUGGAUCAACUAAUAAUCUCUUUAUUCUCAUCACUUUCUGCUUGAUAUUGUAUUGAUAUUGUAAGGAGAAAUCUUGUCUUGGUCACUUAUGAGAGUUACAUGUAAAGGGUUAACGGUUUGCAGAAGCUUACCUAGGAUUUUUAAUAGGGUAAACACAACUAAGACUUUCUGCACUCCUUAUUUGAAGUUACUUAUUCUAUUUCUACUUUUUGUAUACUGGCAGACUGGUAUUCAUUUAUUGAGAAGGAUAGGCAUUAACCCUUAAACUCCCAAGAUCUGAUUGUUAAUUCUCUCUUCUAGCUCCUACACAUUUCCUUCUAAAUGGGUUAUGAGAAUUUUGUAUUAGGUCAAGAUAAGGUCUUCUACCCGAUAGGUUUGUGUAUUCUCAUUACCUGUUGACUGGGUAAUGUAUGGAUGUUAUUGGGAGAAGUUACAUGUUAAUCACUUCUGGAAGUUAAAGGACUAAUGGGGAUCGUUGUGUGGGAAAGAUUUAUGACUGUUUCAUUACUCCUGUAGCACAUCAUUCUACCAAAUUUGGUACAGCUGUUGCUGGUGUGAACCACUUGCCUUGUGUGCAAAGUUAUCUGACCAAAGUUUAUUUUCUUGGCUGGGAAUUUUUAGCUGGUAACUUUUGUUAACUAAUGAGUCUGAAUGUGUCUUCUUUUUACGUAUGAAUUUAUAAUGAUUUUAGCUUUUAAGGUCAGGAGUUACUGUUAAAGAUUCACCUGCAUUACCCACAAGACCAGGAAGAAAAUGUGAGUACUGGUAUCUGUUUCCUUGACCCUUGACAUCCUAAUAUCAGUAUGUAUAUUCUCCAUACUGUUUCCUAGGCAUUUCUCUGGGCAGACAAAAAAAAAAAUUAUAACAAUCAAGAACUUCUUAAGUGGUUGAUGAUUGUUUUUACACUCAUGAUACUGUAAAGAGAAAUUAAAGGCUAUUCAUUCAGGGGUCAGACGUUUAAUUUAGCAUUUAAUAGUACCAUUAACAUUGUGUUUGUCUUUUUAUUGUUAUGAAUUUACUCUUCAUCGUUAUUACCUGGUUUGUGAAUGACUCGGUCAUUCAUUUACCAAGCUGUUAGAGUGGGGCUGAAUUCUUGAAAUUGUUCAGCUGGUUGUGUGUUAUUUAGUCAUGUGAUUAUUGACUCUGGAUGAGACCAUUCUUAGUUUUCAGCUCAUAAGUUUUAGAACCAUGACCUGUCAUUCCAGUCUGUAAUAAUAGACCUGUAUUUCCCAAAUAAGGCCCUUUGUUACCUAGUGUUUAUCCAUACAGUCUGAAAUGCCAACCUAAUAUUUCCUUUACAGCUUUAGAGAGAAGUCUGGUGCCAUGGAUUGCUGACAGUGAAGUGAAGUUUUGCCCUCUUUGCAAGAGGCAGUUUAAUGUGGCUCGACGUAGGCAUCACUGUAGGCUGUGUGGGGGAAUAAUGUGUGCAAAGUGCUCAGUGUUUGUGUCUGUUUCUUUUUCUGGUAAGAAACUAUGCUUAAAAUAUACCAACUUAAGUUGUUCUGUCAGACAUAAUUGAUUUAUAACAUGAAUGAAAGCACACAAUUAUCUUAAGGAAAUUCAUUUGUGCCAAUCUGUGCUUUACAACAGCAACGUUUCAAAUCUUUUAAAUUCACGAUAUCUUUAGGUAUGGUUACGAUGAAGCAUUUUAGUUGCCAAUUUGGUGACUACUUUUCAGGAUUUGGUUGCCAAAGUGAAAAAUUUAGUUGCAUUGGCACCUGUAUUAGAUGCGAUUUCAUGCCCUACUAUAGGACGGAAUCCACUUUUUGUUUUCUGUUAUCUAAUUGGCAGAUUGUGUGUCUGUUCAUACAUGUAGGUGCACAAUAUUUGUGUACAAGACUCAAAAUAAUUUUCCAUAUGGUACAUGUACCAUCAAAACAUCAAGACACCACCCAAGUUUGGCCAUACAAAUAUGCAUUGACUCAUUCAACUCACUCUUGCAAUAAUCGCUCUGACGAAGGGCUAACGCUCGAAACGUCAGCUUUUUUACCCUUUACGGUGGCUAAUUUAUGUUUUCAACCCAGUUGUUAACACUAAAUUACCUGCUAUACUCUCCCACCGACGCAGCACCACAGUUUCUUUAGGAACUUACCCCUUCACUCUUGCAAUAACUCACUUAACAUCAGUGUAUGAUUUUAGACUCUAGUGUCCAAUUUUAGAUGCUAUUGUCUGAAUAAAGACACUAGUGUCCAAAUUUAGACACUAAUGCCUGGUGUUAGACAUUUGUGUCUGAUUUUAGACACUAAUGCCUGAUUUAAGACACUGUAGAGUCUGAUCUCAGACAUUAGUGUCCAAUUUCAAACACUUUUAUCUAAUUGUAGACACUAGUGGCUGGCCAUCCCAGGAGUUGAGUGAACAAAGCCUUUUGUUUGACUUGACAAUUUGCCAUUGCUGUUAUUAUGAGCCCUGUGCAUGCAGUCUGUGCAACAAUGCAUUGGUUUUAUUUCAAUUAGUUACCUUUAUAGCUUUUUUCUAUUUUUUUUUUCAAGUAUUCUAUUUCACAUUAAUGUGGAAUCAACCAAAUGUAUUACUUUUAAAGAACUUUUUGCUUCAAGACUAUGCUACAUAUGUUAAUAUUAUCAUUUAUUAUAGUUUCUGUGUUAAAACUGGAUCAGACAGGCUCAAGCCUUCCCAGGAGAUUAAAGGGGCACUCCAAAGAUGAUUCUGAUGAAGCUGGUAUUCGUGCAUGUCAAGCCUGUAUGGAUUGUUUGGAGAGGUAAGCUACAGUUGUACUUUACCAUUUUCCAUGCUUAAAAAGUGCAAAAAAAAGUCAAUGGCUAGUUCAUGAUACUCGGCAGCAAACCAUUCUCUUAUACAUUUCCUCCAAGACUAUCUUUUUGCAACUUUUUCACAUAUUGGCAUUCACUUUUUUUGUCAUUGCAUCUAUACUUGUGUGCAAAUUCAAACCAGCUUUAACUUGUUUCAGAAAAACUAAUCUGUGGGAGGCACUUCCUUCCUUUUGAUCUGGUGCAGAAUCUCAAAAAGUUAAUUCAUUUAUCAUAUAGUGAAGCAAAGCUAAAAUUUGUGGUACUUAAGGUUCAAACAGAUGCAGUCUUUAAAUGGGUGACUAGAACUUUUCCCUUGGCAACCAUUUUCCACCACUUUGGCAUUUAAAGGUGAUUAAAUAAUCUUUUUUAUAAUUUCAGGCCCUAAAAUGUAAAUUUUGGUUGGUUUUUUUUUCCUCAGAUAUGAUCGACAAGAAAAGGAAAAGAAAACAAAGCCCCCUGUUGUUCAAUUGUAUGAGGUAAUAAUAAGCAUUGCUAGAGGUUGAGUUAUUCAUAUAAAUUUUAAUUGAUGAAUUAAAUCGUGAAAAAAUAUCAUUUCACAGUGUAUGUAAAGGCUAAUUUGCAACGAUAAUCUUCAAUCUUUUUACUUUUUGCAUAUUCCUUAUAUAUUUUGAGACUAAUUUUUUUUAAUGAUUGUGAAUGUAAGUUUAAUUAUACAGGGAGGAGUAAAAAUUAAUUUUAUUUUUUACUGUUACUUCCUUCAACCCUCUUGAUCCAUUUCUGUAUUGCUGGUCUUUCAUAUUCCCCCAUUUGAUUUUCAUCAAUUUUUUUAUUAACUAUAAUUGUUACUUUUGCCUCCGCUAUACAACCACAAAGUAACACUUGGAGGCAUGGGCACGUUGGUCAGCCAGGCCCAUGAUACACUUUAUUAACUCAUGUGAAAAAACUCCACUUUACAGUAAUUCUAAGAACAUGCCACAGCCAGACACGUAAACCUGAAAAAACCAACUGUUGGAAAAAUAGAGACCAUGUAACCCAAAUGUAUGCCAUGGCGUCAUCUUUGGGAUUAUAAGGCAAAACUAAUAAAAUGAAGCCUAAUAACAUAAAUAUAAGUGGAAAACAAGAUGUUACAUUACGGGUGGUAAUGAGAUUAAGGCUAACAGAGUAAGUGAAAACUAAACUAAACAAAGCAAGAUGACGCGGCAAGGCUGACUGUAGAAUGACACGCAUAACUAACCGGUCAAUAUUUCAAACCCCCUAACCAAGGUCCCAUGCAUACUACACUAGAACCUAGUUCACCUCUCCGUGCCAGCAAAAUAAUAAUAUAUGUCAGUUCUAAUUUACACAAAUUACAUUUAUCAUUAUUGGUGUUUAGUUAUUAAUUUAUUUAUUUUUUGGUGUCAUUAAUUUUAAACACAUUGUCCACUGAACCACUCUCUUAUUGAAAUGUUCUAACCAUGAUCAUGACUUCUUCUCUUACAGAAAAUGAAGAGCUCUAUGGCAGAGGCAGAAUUGUUACAACCCACGUACACCAAAAUGGCUGAUUCAAUUAAGUCAGUAUUAUAAAAACUUGCCUAGACUUUUUUAUAGUUCUUAACAACCUUGAAGUUCAUUUUAAAAUUAUAAUGAUGAUAAUAAUAAUAAAAUAAUAAUUACAUUAACAAUAGGUUUUUUUCUGUUACACUGUUAUUUGCAAUCAGAAAUAAACUACAAUCAUAGGAUCAAAAAAAAUCUUAGCAAAGAUUAUGCAAUACAAUUAAAAGCAGAAGGUCUGAAGUAGGACUAACAGAUAUGAAAUUGAACCCACAGAAUGGACUUUGCUGAAGGUAAGGAAUGCUCAAUCCAUAGUCUUGUUAACCCUUUAACUCCCAGAAGUUCAACUAACACAAAACUUCUCCCUAAAAUAUCCAUACAUAUAUCUAACAAACAGGUAAUGAGAACAUUCAAACUUAUCAGGUAAAAGUUGUUAUCCUGAUCUAACACUAAUUACUUAUACCUGAUUUGCAAGGACAUGUGUAGCAGCUAGAGAAUUAACAUUAACAUUUUGGGGGUUAAAGGGUUAAGAAUCUUCAUCUUUGUUUAUUCCUACAGUUUAGGUGAUAUUCAGUAUGAUUUACAAGAAGCUGCUGAAGUGCGUGCAAGAUUAGUGAGGAUGUAUGAAUCAGUGGACAUCAUUAGGUGAGUUGAUACUGAAGAAAUUUUGAUAGCCUAAGUCAGUGACAACUGUUUUAUUGUUAAGAGAGUAUGACUGACUGGAAUACCUUAGGAAGGAAGCUAGCUUUCUUUAACUGGAGACUAUAAAUCCAGUCCUAAACCACUCCAGGCUCAAUAUCUGAGCAACUGCUCACCUACCCCUCCCUUAAUCCAACAAUAUUCACCUGAUAACAAGGUUGGGUUAAUGCUGGGCCAAUGUAGGGUCAGGGGAAAGGGUUGGUGCACAGUUUCUCAAAUUCUGAUGUUGAUCCAAUAUGUUUUUGAAGGAGGGGGUGGAAAAUAAUAGUUUGACUAUACACAAAUUCUAAGUGCAUAGUGCUUAUUUGGGGGAGUCCUCUGAGUGUGUUCUAAUAAUAAAUCUGUUUCCAUUAUGAUUUCAUAAGUUUAUUCCUUUCACUUAUUUGCAGUAAAAAGAUUGCAGCUCUUGGAACUCAAGCUGAGAAACCACCAAGUCAUCAGACAAUGAAACUCCAAAAAGGCAUAAGAACUUUUGCUACAGGAUACUUACAGGAAAACAUGUUCACACUUCCUAAUCUGCCUUCAGUGGACAAAAUUAGUAAACUUCAAGAAGAAAGGGCAAAUGCUUUGGCUAGAAAAGCAGCAGAAGAGAAAGAAAAAAGAGAACGAGCCAUGCAAGAAAGAUUACGAGCAGCAAAAGUAAGACAACAAGGACAUGGAGACCUCAAUAGAAAUGAGCCUUCAAGCAAACUUAAGACUGCCCAGCAAACUCCAGAGUCUGUUAUGGGAAAUGGUUGGGGCCCAGUCCCCAUUACUCAAGGCUCUUCCCCAGACCCCAUGCUGCAGCAGAUAGAUAUUAUUAAAAGUUACAUUGUGCAAGCCAAACAACAGCGGAAAUUUGAUGAAGUUGAAAUGCUUGAAAGAAACCUGAUGGAACUGGAGGAGGAGUACUUUCGGCAGCAUCAAGGAAGAUAGCAAAUUAUUAGCAUCCUUUGCAAAUAUUUUUGAAGGGGAUAAUUUUGUAUAUGGGUAACAAAUACUUUCAAAGAAGUUAAUAACUGAAUUUAAUGCAUCUUUCAUUUCCGUUUAGUUUUUAAUUGUUGUUGUUUUUGUAUUUUUAUAGAAAAGUAAUCUUGUCAAAUUAGUUAAAAUUGUUGAAGAUAACCAGAGCAUUUUUUUGCAGCUGUGUACUGAAAAGCUGUGAUAAUAUUUUCAAGUUAGCAUAAAAUCAUGUGAAUACCCUGAAUAUAAUGAUAUCCAAGAGUACAUGUUGUGUUUUGGUGCAAUUAAAAUGGUCUGAAAAACACAAAUAGCCUCACUGUGUUGGCAUCAAAUUUGCCAUAUUUGUGACACAGUGUCAGACAAUACUCCAUAAUUAAAUGGAUAGGAGUAGUCUGUAUAGAUGUCCUGUAAAAACCUACCAAUGCAAAACAAUUAAAAAGAAGAUACUUUUUUUUGAUUACUCCACAGGCUUUUGC